AUGACGGAGACAUUGAAUGUCACAGUCAAUAACGGAUCAAGUGUAGGCGCUUAUACACUUGAUCUGAUUGCGCCUCCGAAUUUGACUUCGGAGAUCACUCAGUUGCCAACGCUCGAACAUAAAAGGUUCUUGCGUGAUUUGCGUAGUGGCAAAGUCAAGCAGAUCUGCGUACUCGUCGCUGACGACGAGUGUGUAGCCGACAUAAGGUCAGCAACAAUGCUUACUGAGAACAAGAGAGUUCUCAGUAGUUCAUCUACGGACGAGAUUGUCCUCGAUGAAAAGACACGAGUUGAGCGAUAUGUUUCCCAAUCGUGGGAAUCGCUCAAGACAAAUCCUCUCUAUGAAGAUUUGGUUGAAUUCAAGGAUGUAUUCCCUGAAACUGUUCCGUGCGAGUUACCGAAGGAUAAAGGUAUUCGACACGAUGUCUAG